AUGUAUUUCUACAAACAAACCUAAGAUUUCCAUAAACCGAUAUCUAAAGAACCAAAGUUCUUUAAGAACAGAUACUAGGAGAAUUAUGAGUCACAAGCAUGUGAAUUUCUCCCGACAUAACUAGAACUAGUUGAGGCUUAGAAAGAAAGGGAAAAAUUCGAGGCAUAAAUAACAGUCUAGGCACCAAUAACAGAUAUUAAGGAUUUCGAAUAUAAAGAAACAGCCUAUAUUUUUUAAGAGAGCUCAUAACCAAAGCUUGAAAAUUCUCAGCCUUAUAUGACAUAAAAAUAAUUACCUGGCUACAGAUUUCUUGAAAAGCAAAGGAACGAACAAUACUAACUCUAAAACUAAUAGAAAAAGGUAUCUAGAGUAAAAUUGGAAGAUGAACUGUUGCUCAAUUCUGAUGAAGAUGAUGGAUAUAUCACCUAAUAAAGUCAAUGUCUAAUUUAAAAAGUGAUACCACAAAUCAAAUCAGAAUUCCAACUGAACUUUAAUAAAAAUUCAUAUAAACCUUAGCAUGCAUCUACCAGCUCAACAUUGACAAGCUCUCUACAAAGCCCUAAGUUCUAAUUGAGACCCCAUGAACCUAUUUUGAUUAAAAAGUAGAUAGGAUAUCCUGGUGCCUUUAAUUCUAAUAAAUUCACAAUGAAUAGAAAAGAUGAAAAAGAGUAAAAAUUCUUGGUUUAAACUGACGUUGUCAGAUAUCAAAAUAAAUUCGCAAAGUAGUUAAGCAAGUAUCUCGAGAAAUACAAUUGA